GAGACUAACCCGUCCCUUCUGAGUUGCGAAAAGCAGCCACAAAAGGCCAAAUGAAUGCAACAGAAUCUCACACUACUAUUUAUUAUCUUCUCUCUCUAAGAGGCAUAAGCCAUAAAGCAGAGAGUAUUCCAUGACAUCAACUUCAAAUCCCCCAUGGUUAGGCCUUAUGUUCGUUCUAAAAUGCCUAGAUUAAGAUGGACCCCUGAUCUUCAUCGCUGCUUUGUUCAUGCAGUUGAACGCCUUGGUGGAGAAGAGAGGGCUACUCCAAAGAUGGUAUUGCAGAUAAUGAAUGUGAAUGGUCUCACCAUAUCUCACGUGAAAAGCCAUCUACAGGUUUGCCAUGGACAGAUGUACAGGAGCUCAAAACAGGAGCAAGUAACGUCCCAAGAAAAAAACCUCAACAAUGAUGAGGCUCCAGGAUAUCAACUUCCAGACCAUCUCCAUGGAUGUUGCUUUAUCGAUCAAAAACUUGCUUGGAAAGAGAGGGAAGAGAUGACGAAUGAACUAAGAAAGUGCAAAGAGAAGAAACCAAAUUCUUACCUCAUGUUCAAGGACAUAACCAAACGGUGCACUGUUCAAGAGGAAGAUUAUUUUGGGAGAAGCUUGAAGAAGAUGCAUCAAGAUUUGAAAAAGUUGGAUGAGGAAACUGAAAGCGUAAAGAGAGUUGGUGGUGAAGAAAUUACAAUGUCACUAUGUUUGAGCAUAAGGGGUUUGCAGCCAUUGAUGAGUAAAACUGGAAACUCUGACGUGAAUGACGUAUCUCUUGAGCUGAGUCUUGCUUGAUCAAUCACUCUCCCACUCGCCAAUUCAAAUAAUAAUCUAAUCAAACGAAUGUAUGUCAUAUUAAACAUAUCAAUAAUGACUUUAUUUCAUGGAAUUCUUGUAGCAUUGUAAUCAAUUUUUGGUAACAGAUCCUUAUUCCUUAAUCUAUAUCUAUAUAUAAAUAGAUAAUGAAAAAGUAAGUAGUAGUAUCUCCUGGUA